AUGUCACGUUCAGACAACUUUACUUCCGGCACUCUCCAACAGGCCUUUCCAAAGCCCCCCGCUAAAGUCAGUCCCGCAGUACCUAUACAAAUACCAGCGCAUGGUCCCCGUCCACCGCCGAUCGUGAAUCCAGCAUGGGAAACAUUCGACGAGCCAGACACUCACAACCUUUAUGAGCCGAAGACCACUGCCGCAGAAGCUGAAACAGCUUUAAGAGCACUUGUUCGGGACACCGUUAACAAUGACGAUGAUAUAGAGAUUGAUAUGUCGCAAGCAACUGUCGAAGGGUUUCGGGAUGGUAUCACCCUGUUGCCACACCAAGUGCUCGGACGAGCAUGGAUGCGAGAACGGGAAACAGGCAAAAAAUUUGGGGGUAUAUUGGCUGAUGAUAUGGGUCUCGGAAAAACAAUCCAGACUCUCGCACGAAUCGUGGACGGUCGCGCACGCAAGGCGGAUAAAGUAGAUGGAUGGGCCGCAUCAACACUGGUUGUCUGUCCUGUCAGUCUUGUAAGCCAGUGGGCUUCCGAGAUCCAAAAGAUGGCUAUAGGACUUCGAGUCAUAGAACAUCAUGGUGCUAGCCGUACUUCUGACCCCACGAGGCUUCAGCAAGCACACGUUGUAGUAACCUCUUACUCAAUUUUGGCUUCGGAGUACGGCGCGUUCAAGCCCGAUGUGAAAGAUGAAACGAGUAAAAAAUCCAAGGCCAAAGCCAAAAAGGCCGCAUCAGGGUCCAACUCGGAUGAUGAUGACACAGAUUCUUCGUCAGAGCCGUUUGGUAAGACUUUAACCAAGAAAAAACCAGCAAGUAAGACGAAAGCGAAAGAUGCGCUUUUCCAUAUAAACUGGUUUAGGAUUGUACUUGACGAGGCCCACAAUAUCAAGAAUAGAAAUACUAAGGCAGCCCUGGCCUGUUGUGCAUUGGAAGGGAAGUUUAGAUGGUGCCUCACUGGUACGCCCAUGCAAAAUAGUGUAGAGGAACUCUACUCCCUUAUCAAAUUCUUGCGAAUACGACCUCUUAACGACUGGCAUACAUUCAAUGAACAGAUCAAUAAGCCAGUCAAGAGUGGAAGGGCUACUCGAGCAAUGAAGCGAUUGCAGGUUGUGCUCAAAGCCAUCAUGCUUCGGCGAAGGAAAGACCAUGUCCUCAACGGGAAGGCAAUCUUGCAGCUCCCUGCGCGGAAGGUGGAAAUUGUUGCCUGCGAAUUUGACAAAGACGAAAAAGCAUUUUAUUCUGCCCUCGAAAAUAAGAUGUCGACAGAGCUAGAUAAACUGGUUCAGGCAGACAUGGCCACAAAAAGUUACACGCAUGUAUUGCUCAUGCUUUUACGUCUCAGACAGGCUUGCAACCACCCUUCGCUAGUAUCUAAAGAUUAUCGAGUGGACCGGGAAGCUGCAGAGCCCAAAGCAGCCAAGGGAGAUGACGAUGACGCAGAUGACCUUACUGCGAUGUUCGGUCAGAUGGGUGUUUCAAAUGGGAAAAAAUGUGAAGUUUGUCAAACCGUACUUAAUUCCUCUAACCUUGCUGAGACCUCAGACACACACUGCAAAGAGUGUGCUGUGUUAGCUGCCAAAGCCAAGCUCAAAUCUGCUGUCUCCGGCCCCAAUGAUCUUCCCCCUGACUCCGCCAAAAUAAGAAAACUUCUUAGCUUGCUACAAGGCAUCGAUGACAGGUCAAACGGAGAAGAAAAAACCAUCAUAUUCUCACAGUUUACCAGUAUGCUCGAUUUAAUAGAGCCUUUCCUGGCUGCUAAGGGCAUCAAAUAUGUCCGCUAUGACGGGUCAAUGAGUAAAGACAAGCGCGAGGCUAGCCUUGAAAAGAUACGGAAUAGUAAUAACACGCGAUUGAUACUGAUAUCUUUCAAAGCUGGAAGUACAGGGCUAAAUUUAACAGCGUGCAACAAUGUAAUUCUGGUCGACAUGUGGUGGAAUCCUGCUCUUGAAGAGCAGGCUUUCGAUCGUGCACAUCGUUUCGGACAGACUCGCGACGUGAAUAUAUUUAAACUAACCAUUGAGAAAACAGUCGAAGCGAGAAUCUUGGAGCUCCAAGAGAAGAAACGUGCGCUCGCUACUGCUGCUUUGAGCGGUGAUAAACUCAAGAACAUGAAGCUCGGCAUGGAUGACCUGAUGGCAUUGUUUAGGCAUGGAGGUCGCGAUGACGAUGACGAUGACGAUGACGAAUGAAGCUUUCAAACUCUUCAAAUUCCUACUUCAGGAUUGAUUGUGGCCACUUUAAGUGUUGUCUGUUCCUGAUUACUUGUACUACUUACUGCACUCUACUUACCAAUGUCUUGGUUUUGCUU